GUCUCCCAAAGCCCAAAAGUAUGCCCAGUACUCUCUGAGACGCCAGGGCCUGGCACACCCAGGCCUACAGCCUCUGUAGCACUCUUGGCCUUGGAGCAGGAGGGUGGUCUCCCAAGCCCAGCCUUGCCAGGAAGAGGGAAGGUCCCUUUAAGCCCUACCUCACAGCCUCAGCUUGUUGCUAUGUAUGGGACCAACUUCCUUAGCAACCACCUGGCUUCUUAAAGGGGCCCUGGAGGAGUGGUUGCCACCAGCCAUGGCUCCGAAAAAAAAGGCAGGCAAGGGGGCCAAGGAGCCCGAGGUCAAGAAGAAGAAAGGGGGCAAGAAGGACCUCAGCCUGGCCUACAAGUCCAUGGAAAUGCCCGUAAACGAAGAGACUCGAGAGUUCUACCACAUCCAGAUCCGAGACCUGGAAGACAGGCUGGCCCGGUACCAGCGGAAGUGGGAUGAGAUGGCCGUGCAGGAGAAGCUGUCUCGCCAGGAGUUUGAGCAGCUGGCCAACAACAAGAAGGAGAUUGUGGCCUUCCUCAAGCGCACGCUCAACCAGCGGGUGGACGAGAUCGCCGACCUCAACGAGCAGCUCCAAAGCCUGCAGCUGGCCAAGGAGAUGGAGAAGGAUGCCUUCGAGGCCCAGCUGGCCCAGGUGCGCCACGAGUUCCAGGAGACCAAGGACCAGCUCACCACUGAGAACAUCAUUCUGGGGGGAAAGCUGGCAGCCCUGGAGGAGUUCCGGCUGCAGAAAGAGGAACUCAUGGAGAAGUUCAUGCUGAUGGAGGACCAGCUGCGGAAGCAGGAGGGCGAAUACAAGGACUACGUACACAACCUGGAGAAGAAGUCGGUGCUGGACAAGGACAGACUGAGGAAGGAGAUCAUCCAGCGGGUGAACAUGGUGGCCACCGAGUUCCGCAAGGUGGCCACCAGCCAGAUGUGGGACACCACCAAGCGGGCCAUCCUGGAGAACAACACGGUGACCCUGCAGCUGGCGCAGAUAUCCCAGCGAGGCCUGCAGCUGCUGCGGGAGAACGAGCAGCUCCGGGGCACCCAGGGCAAACUGUCCCAAGAGCUGGAGCUGUUGGAGGACUCCCAGAAGGUCAUGGCCAGGCACAGCAGAGGCCACCAGAAGAUCAUCCUCAUGCUGACGGAGAAGUGCCGCGAGCAGCAGCAGGGCACAGCAGAGGCCGAGCGGCUGCGCCUCCUGCUGAGCCAGGUGGAGCAGAACCUCCUGCAGCUGCAGAAGGACAACCAGGUGCUGAGGACCCAGAGAGACCAGCUGAACCUGCAGCUGGAGCGGCAGCAGGCUGAGGCGCAGAGGCUACAGCAGGAGCUGACCAAAGAGCAGAAGGUUCGGGUGAGCCUGGAGACGGCCCUGGCCCAGGCCACCUCCUUCCUACGGGACAUCGUGCAGAUGCAGCCAGAAGGGGAGGAUGGUGACACAAUGUUCCAGCUGCAGCGCAAGGAGAUGCUGCAGCACCUGCUGGUCAUGCUCAGCUCGGCCAUGGUCCUGAGCCCCCAGCUGGCUGUGUCCCCUGGCCAGGAGAGCCACCAGCCCUGGGGUCCGCCCGAGGAGGGCCAGCGCAGCAACCAGCCACUCGGGACGGGGUCUCUGCUGCAGCAGCUGUCCAGCAUCACACCCUACCAGCCAGGGGAUCUGGGCCUGGUACCUCGACGGAUUCACAUCCCACCCAACCCUGAGGACCUCAGGCUGCUCUCACACACCACCCGUGUGGGCGGCUUUCGGGCACACAGCAUCCCUCAGAUCCAUACCUCUGGUUCUGCAAAAAAGUUCAAAAAGUUCAGUCUUCCUGGAAUUUCACUACUUUCUAAGUAGGACAUGGAAAGAAGACCAAUGUCCUAUCCCAGAAAAGGACUGUUGCGGCCAGUCUCCCCUUUAGUCCACAGGCAGCCUGGGGCAGCCCCGAGGAGUGUAACAUAAAAAACAGAUACCACA